AUGAUUUUAUUCUUAUCAUUUUUGCAAGUAUUCUUGCAAAAAUUCAUAGUAAUAGCAAAAUUUGAUGAAAGUGCGGAAAUUACAACAGCUCAUUUUGCUGAUUCAAAACGUGGGCGUAUGUCAUGGAUUAUCGAUGAAAAUGCUUUGCCAUGGACUGGGCAAUAUUAUUACAUUGAGUCAAAACAAUCACCAAUGACCAAUUUGUUGGUUGUUGUUGACAGUUCAAAUGGUAAUCAUCUUGGCAUUUGCGCAUCUUAUGCUCCACGAGAUAAUAAAUGGCGCAGAUUUUUUUGGAUACUUACGGAAGAAUCAUUAAUUUGCAAUAUUACCGAUACUGAGACAACAAUUUCAAAAAUUCAUUUUCCCUCUAUCAGCUCACCUCGAACAUUUUCUCUACGUAUUCUUGCUCAGCAAGGACCAAAAUGUUUUCGUGAUAUGAUUAUACAAAAUGAAAAAUUAGAAGGUUGUCCACCAAAAUUGCAACGUAAUUUAUUCCAUGGAAUGUCAUUGGAGUGUAAUUGUCCAAUACCUGAAAUGAAUGGUAAUCAUGCUCAUAUGCGAAAUGGUAUUGCACCGUUUCAUUUUGUCAAUCCAAUAAUUACCUCAUCAAAUGGAAAUUUAUCAAUUUCUCAUGAUUUUUCUCCCAGUAUAUCAAAGAAUACUGAUAAUUUAAAUCCUAUCAAAGCUAUUGCGGAAAUAAUGCCGAGAAUUACUAGUGUUAUUACCACUGCUAACACUACCACUAUUACUACUACUGUUAUUGAAAAUACUGAAAUGUCAAUAACGACAAAAGAAUCUGUAAAUUUGCCACUUGAUAGUCAGCAAAAUAAUAAAUUGUUACCAUCUAUUAUUCAAGAAUCACAUGUAUCGAUAGCAACCCAUGAACUCUUGUCAUCAUCGACAUUAGCACCACUGGCAUCGUUGCCAUCAGCAACAGCAAAUAUAAAAGGAAUUAAUGAGCAAACCUGUGCAGGUAUCCAAUGUCAAAAUAAUGGUACCUGUGUGACUACGAAUGAUGGAAGGGUUAUUUGCGUAUGUUCUGAAGGAUUUCUUGGGUCACAUUGUGAAAUAAACUUAUGCGCCAAUGUGCAAUGUAUGCAUAAUGGUGUUUGUCAGACAAAUGGUAAUGUACCACAUUGUUUAUGUCAACCAGGUACAACCGGAACAUUUUGUGAACAGAAUGUUUGUAAUCCAAAAUGUGAACAAGGUGGUAUUUGUAAAUUAACAGGUAAUAUGCCAGUUUGUCAGUGUCCAACAGGCACAUUUGGUAUUAACUGCAAUAUUAUUGAUACAUGUACUAGCAAUAGUGGAGCAUGUACUGAAUACAGUAGUGAUGCUCGUUGCCAAUUGGAUUCGGAUAAUUUCGCGUUAAUUUCUCCAAUUCCGGUUAAUGCUACAUACAAAUGCCUUUGCUUGAACGAACGAUCCGAAUGGAUUGAUUGCAAAGAGCUACCAGGAAAAGUUCAUAUUCCAAUAAUGCAAACUGUUAUUACAACUACAAUGAGCAUACCAAAUGUUAUAACUUCGGUAUUAGUUCCGGAAACGCCGGAACAACCUCCAUCCACUCAGCAAAUCGCUUCACAAUUUCAUAAUCAUCCGCAUUUUUCAAAUUUAUUCCCAAAUCCUUUCCUACCAUCACCUACUACCAAUAUGACAACAACAAUAACAGCAUCUUUUCCUACCAAUCCUGAUGCAGAUUUCCGUCAACCUAGUGAAUCUGGGAUGGAAACAUCAUCUGCUUUAAACAGAUCCAUGAAAUUGCUUCCGGUUUUGCACCCUACUAUUCCAGAACCAUCAAGACCAACUUUAUUCAGUACCACAACUCAUAUUGCAAACUUGCCAGCAAUAUCGACGCUGUUAAUCACUCCAGAAUCUCCUUCACAACUUCAUAAUCUUUUCAACAUAACUCCCAAUUUUUCAAGACCACAAACAAUAGCAACAUCAACAGUCGCUUUACCAGAACAUCCUGAAUUUAAAGAUCUUGUUAACACUACAGGACAAACUGCUGAAAUAUCCUUGAAUCCAACCGAAAAGAAUUUCGUAGAAAUGUCAAAUAAAUUUGAGAAUGAAAAUUUCACAGUCGAAUCUCCACUUUUACCAUCAAUUGAAGAAUUUCCUGCUAUUUCGUCAUUACCAGAAAUGAUCAUCGACAACACUUCACACAUUCCAUUGUCCACAUUUUCCGGAUUUAUAACCGAUAUACCACCUAUUUUGAUAUCGACAACGGCAAUUAUUGACGAAGAUAGUGUAAUACAAAUUAGUUCAUUUACACCAGAUACACCGGAAAUGGAAGGGUCAAUUUUGGUUUCUAAAACAAGUGAUAUAACUGAGGAUGGUAAUUUACCCGAUCGACAAGUAUUUACAACAACGACAUUUUCUUCAACAUCAAAAACUAAUGAAAAAGAAGGAAUGGAAGAGGAAGACAGUUUCGCAAAAUCUACUGAAAAAGUUGAAGAAACAACGAUAACUGUAGGAGAUCUUAUCACAGAAGCAGGACAAUCAUUCGAUGAAGAUGAAGUGAAAUUUGUAAGACUAACUGCCGUUUUUCCGACUACGACACUAAUUCCAGAUUUGAAUCAACCUUCAGAUGGUGCUUUUAGUGAUAAUAAUGAUACUACGAGAAGUGACACAUCAUCUUGGACAAUUGUUUUCGUUAUUAUUUCUGUAUUGAUGGUAUUAGCAGGAGCAUGUGUUACAUUAAUAUUUCGUUAUGUACGUCGUUCCCGUAAAUUACACGGGAAAUAUAAUCCAGCACGUGAAGAAAGUAUUCUAUCAAGUAGCUAUUCAAUGCCUAUGGCUACCGUUACCAAGGAAGAACGGCUUAUUUAA